GCGGGGCUUGGCCGGGGCCGCUGCGCUCCCCGACAGCCUCCGGAGGGGGCCCGAGGAGAGACUGAGCCCAGGCUGCGCAGUCCGACGCGGACCGGGACGUGCGAGCGACGCGGGACUUGUUGCAGCGCGGAGCCAAAAGCGAAGCCAGCAGGGAACUCCAGGACCCAAGGAUGGGGGCGGCCUGUGUCAAGGUCACCAAAUACUUCCUCUUCCUCUUCAACCUGCUGUUCUUCAUCCUGGGCGCGGUGAUCCUGGGCUUCGGGGUAUGGAUCCUGGCCGACAGGAGCAGUUUCAUCUCCGUCCUGCAAACCUCCUCCAGCUCGCUGAAGGUGGGGGCCUACGUCUUCGUGGGCGUGGGGGCCGUCACCAUGCUCAUGGGCUUCCUGGGCUGCGUGGGCGCCGUCAACGAGGUCCGCUGCCUGCUGGGGCUGUACUUUGCCUUCCUGCUCCUGCUCCUCGUCGCCCAGGUGGCUGCCGGGACCCUCUUCUACUUCAACGUGGGCAAGCUGAAGCAGGACAUGGGCGACAUGGUGACGCAGCUGAUCCGCAACUACAACGCCAGCAGCCAGGACAGCCUGCAGGAAGCCUGGGACUACGUGCAGGCGCAGGUGAAGUGCUGCGGCUGGGUCAGCUUCUACAACUGGACCGACAACGCGGACCUCAUGAACCGCACCGAGGUCACCUACCCCUGCUCCUGCCAGGACGGCGGGGAGGAGGAUGACGGGCUCUCGCAGCAGACGGGCUUCUGCCAGGCCCCCAGCAACGGCACCGAGGGCGGCAACGACCCCGAGCGCUGGCCUGUGCACAAGGAGGGCUGCAUAGAGAAGGUGGAGGCGUGGCUGCAGGAGAACCUGGGCGUCGUCCUCGGAGUCUGCGUGGGCGUCGCUGUCAUCGAGCUCCUGGGGAUGCUGCUGUCCAUCUGCUUGUGCCGGCACAUCCAUUCUGAAGACUACAGCAAGGUCCCCAAGUACUGAGGCAGCUGCUCUUCCCACCUCCUCAGCGUGCCCAACUCCUGGCUCCUUCUGGCCGGCCCCACCUCCCUCCAAGGCCCCCUCCUGCCUGAGCUGGCUGGCAGCGGGGUCUUCCGGGGCCGGGGCCUCCCUCUCUGCCUCCUUACUGAGCCCUGGUGGCUCUGGUCUCCUGCUUUCUGCUGAGGGCUCUCUGGGCUCCUGCAGUCCCAGCAGGGCAGGCUGCCCCUCUGCUGCCCUGGGCCUGUGUUAAGAAUUGCGGGAGGUUGGACUGGGCACCCUGGGACUCGGGACUGUCCCCGGUGGGUCAGCUUUCUUCCUCUGGACGCUCCUGUCUUUGGUUUCUCACAUCUUACUGGGGGCAGCCGGGAGGUUGGGCGCUCCUGCCCCAGGCCUGCCCGAGUGCGGUGAGCCCGGCUGGGGGGCCUCCAGCCACGAGGGCCGCGGGAGCCCCCACGGGCAUGGGCAGAGCUGGCCCUGGUUCUCCAGGGACUGACCCAGAACCCUGGCUGGCCUUUCUGAGCCGCCGUCCUCUGCCGCUGGACAGCGGGCGGGCAGGGCUGUGCCUCCUGGCGGGAGCGGGGAGGGGCCGCGGCCCAGUUCUGCAGGACGUUCUGGAACGUUGAAGGCUGACUAUUAAACAGGAUUUGCGA